CUCUCGCACUCUGACUGACCGAGAGCACCUGGCUACCAACUCAGUUUUGUUUAUUUUGUUAUUUGAUUUUAUUUAUUUUAAUGGGCCGGAGCCGUUCUCCUCCUUCUCUCUUUCUGCAGCUCGGAUCCCUUGAACCCUUGAACUUCUGUCGUUGUUGUUGUUUUUCAAAGCGUGUCGCGAGAUUAUAUUCUUUCUGACGUUUGUUGGGUUGGUCACGUUUGCACGCCGCAGAUAGUUGCUGCUUGUGUUUCAGUAGAAGGUUGUUCGUCAGAUUCUGGGUUCGGGGGUGGUGGUGGUGGCGGUGGUGGCAGUGGAGAAGAUUGUAUGCUAACGAUGAAGAAUAGAUCAGAGGAGGGGAAAUUUGAUGAUUGGUGUGAAGUAGGAUGUUUCUGUGCAAAAAUUGGAGAAGAAUUUGAGACACAAGAGGAUGUGGCUGUGAGAGGAAGAGUGGGAAAUGGGACCUGUUGAACGUGGUUAGGGAAUGCAAGGGGAGGGAAUGCCGAGGAGGUGUUAGAGUAUCAGAUACGUGUGUGUAUAACUGUGUGGGCAAUCGAGAUUGGAAGGGAAUAGCUUCUGCGAGGGUUAAUUACCAGUAUUUCGGCCGUGCGUAACGGGUGGGUUACUGGUGUCGUUAGGUCCAAUCCCCAACCGUCUGUGUGACCACUUGAUCGUUGUUCAAUUUUGUGCGGUAAUGGUUCAGUGACUCUAUUUUACAGCAAACCAAUUAAGGUCAUACUAGGGUUCGACGCUGGCUUGAAUGAUACGAAUGUUCGACAGCUUUAAUGACUGUCCACGACCAGGCCGGCUUAGUCCAGAUUAGUUUGUGGGUAGGAUAGAGAAGCGAUCAUAGUAAUAGCUUUCAUCUUCAGCAUGGAGCUCGCGGGUUUGGUCAUGGCGGUCAUGCAGUCGUCCACCCGGUGGCACAGUAGGAAUUGAAGUUUUGUUGGGUCAGAUUAACUCCGAAGGGGUACCCGUUUAGGAAUUUUGAAUUUGUAAAUUCUUCCACUUUAGGUUAUUCAGAUUCCAUAGCCAUGCCUGAUUUUUCUUGCCCAGCAGAAGUUCUGAAGGUAGUUUUUCCUCUUCUAAAUGGUGCCGAUUUGGCGGCCUGCAUGUGCGUAUCGAAGCAAUGGCAUCAGCUUUCAAGAGACGACUACCUUUGGAAGAAACUCUGUGCGCAGAAAUGGCCUUCCACAUGUCAGAGUCGAGGUUCUCUUCCAAUUGGAGAAUCCAGAGGUUAUUACAAACUGUUCACUAGUUUCGUGAGGAAGCAGCGAAAGAGGCCCAUGCCAGCUCCCAAGCUGUCGUUCGAGGAUCUGGAAUUCUACGUGGACAUUUGGGUGGGCUCGUCUUCAGUUUACUCCGCUGUUGUUCCCGGUCCUGUCGUGCGCUCCCGCAUCUACAACCCUCCAGAUGGAAUAUGUGAGGCUAUGCAACUGCAUCUUGCAUCACAGACAUACAAGAUGACCAUUCCGGUGCAGAAAGGCUUUGAAAUUUGCUUCUCGGAAGACAUUCAUGUGUCCUUACUCGUCCGAAGACGUGACGAUGAGCGUGUGGCUUGUAUCAUAGAUAAGUCAGGGUUCGAUUAUGUCGAUGGACCCGGCUACAGAGCUCACGCAUACGAUUACCUUCAAAUUUCGCCUCUGUUCCCGUUUGUCUCCGAGAUUAGAGCAUGGCUUGCUCUUCUCCUUGUAGAUGGAAAAGUCGGUCAACUGGAAGUCUUCGGCAUUGAGGUGGACUUCACAGAUGCAGCCAACGACGAUAGCGAGGUGUUAUGCUUGUUUGAAAUCCUGGACUGGAAGUAAGUGUCUCCGGCACAACUCCCUGAUUGUACACUAGCAGCAGAGGAGGAAAGUUCAGCUUGUGGAUAAGCAUAAAUAUGCUGGGAUCCCCUUUGAUAGAUUUUGUAUAUUAUUUGACUUUGCUGUGGGCUGUGCAGACAUAGUAUUAGGUUUCACAAACUAUUAAAUAAAUAAUCCAACCUUCUAGUUCACUGCAGCUUGUGCAUGGCCACUGUCACUUCUGUGUUGGCCUUGGGGUUACGGGUGGCUUUUAUUUGCUAUGAGAAGCUUCUUGUUGUCCAUUCUGUGGUUGCUUGGAAGGACUGUUGACCUAAAAUGUGAAGUCUGUCAAUUGUUGAUGAUAUUAGCAUGUGGUGGUGUUCCACAUCUGUGAUGAGAAUGGCGCGUUGUUUAGAAUCUCAUUAGCUAAACAAGGAGACCUUUGAUAUCCUACGUCGACUUGAUAAGAUUUGAAUUUGCAGCAUGGAAUUGUUCACUGUAUACCUG